UGAAUCUGCAGAAAGUCUUUCUUUAGUCAGGGUUGAAGUCGGGUUCGGGUAACCCAAAAAUUCGAAUACCGAGAGCAUGUCAAUGGAAACAAGCCAUGGGUCAGGGGAUCACGGCAUCGAAGGAAUACCAACUCAUGGUGGACGCUAUGUUCAGUACAACAUUUAUGGUAACCUCUUCGAAGUUUCCAGAAAAUACGUCCCUCCUCUUCGCCCCGUAGGCCGUGGUGCUUAUGGUAUUGUCUGUGCCGCGGUGAAUUCGGAGAAACGGGAGGAGGUUGCAAUCAAGAAAAUCGGUAAUGCAUUUGACAAUAGGAUCGAUGCCAAAAGGACAUUACGAGAGAUCAAGCUUCUUCAUCACAUGGAUCAUGAGAAUGUGAUUGCCAUCAAAGACAUCAUACGACCACCACAGAGGGAUAACUUUAACGAUGUCUACAUUGUUUAUGAACUCAUGGACACUGAUCUUCAUCAAAUCAUACGAUCCAACCAACAAUUGACAGAAGAUCAUUGUCGGUACUUUCUAUAUCAAGUUUUACGAGGGCUCAAAUAUGUACAUUCAGCAAAUGUGUUGCAUCGCGAUUUAAAGCCCAGCAAUUUGCUUCUGAACUCUAAUUGUGACCUUAAAAUUGGAGACUUUGGGCUUGCAAGAACAACAUCUGAAACUGAUUUUAUGACAGAAUAUGUAGUCACACGUUGGUAUCGGGCACCAGAAUUGCUUUUAAAUUGUUCUGAAUACACUGCUGCAAUUGAUAUUUGGUCGGUAGGUUGCAUACUUGGUGAAAUCAUGACUAGACAACCCCUCUUCCCCGGAAGAGACUAUGUGCAUCAGUUGAGGCUUAUCACAGAGCUUAUAGGUUCACCUGAUGAUUCCAGCCUUGGGUUCCUUCGAAGUGACAAUGCCAAAAGAUACGUUAGGCAGCUUCCACAGUACCUAAGACAAAAUUUUUCAGCUAAAUUUCCUAACAUGUCACCGGGGGCUGUCGAUUUGCUAGAAAAGAUGCUUAUCUUUGAUCCGCAUAGGCGUAUUACAGUCGAUGAAGCUCUAUGCCAUCCAUACUUGGCACCUCUUCAUGACAUCAAUGAGGAGCCUGUUUGCUCGAGGCCUUUCAGUUUCGAUUUUGAGCAACCAUCAUUCACUGAAGAAAAUAUCAAGGACCUCAUCUAUAGAGAAUCUGUAAAAUUCAAUCCAGACCAAGUUCAGUCCAUUGGAGAUUAAAAAGAUACAAGAAUUGUCCUAGAGUACUCUUAAACAGAAUAGGAGUCGAUUCCAGUUUCGAUCUCUUGUUGUCUGCAGAGCAUUUCCUGCUCUUCAGAGUGAUUCAAACCCUUGUUGGAUUAGGCUUUUCUUUCGACCGUAGAAAGAUUAGUUAUUCGAGCCGAUGAUGCUGUUACGACUUCAUUCUAGCUUGAGGAGUAAACCAGAAACAUGCACACAUGAAGGCUUCGGUUUUCUAAACUGCUGAUUCUAUUGACUUAUCAUUCUUAUCAUGAAACUAAGAAGUUUAGUAUAUUCUGUUGCUUCCAUCAAGCUGGUUUCUCCUGGGAUUCCUUCUGAUUCUGUUUUUUUAGGUAACGUAGUUGAAUUGGUAAUACCUGGU